UCCUCUUGGCCUUCUCUCUCUCUGGUCACUGCCUCCCCCGACCCCUUCCUUAACUUAGGAGGACCCCUGGCUAGACUGCCCAGGCUCCAACUACUCCAAGAGCCAACACUUCGGGCUCCCUACCUCUUCAUGAAGCACGGGAAGGGGAAGCCAAGUGAAGCAAGACUGAGUGACAGCUGGCAUGACUCUGUGCACUCAGCAGUCCCCAGGCCCCCGCUGGCGACCCUGACCACAGAGCCCAAGUUUGACAUGCUGUACAAGAUUGAGGACGCCCCACCUUGGUACCUGUGCAUCCUGCUGGGCUUCCAGCAUUACCUGACGUGUUUCAGCGGCACCAUCGCGGUGCCCUUCCUCCUGGCAGAGGCGCUGUGCGUGGGCCGAGACCAGCAUAUGGUUAGCCAACUCAUUGGCACCAUCUUCACAUGUGUGGGCAUCACCACCCUCAUCCAGACCACAUUGGGCAUCCGGCUGCCACUGUUCCAAGCCAGUGCUUUUGCAUUUCUGAUCCCAGCCAAGUCCAUCUUAGCCCUGGAGAGAUGGAAAUGCCCUCCCGAAGAGGAGAUCUAUGGUAACUGGAGUUUGCCUCUGAACACCUCUCAUAUCUGGCACCCACGUAUACGAGAGGUCCAGGGUGCAAUCAUGGUGUCCAGCAUGAUAGAGGUGGUAAUUGGGCUGAUGGGGCUGCCUGGGGCCCUGCUCAGCUACAUUGGGCCUCUCACAGUCACCCCCACCGUCUCCCUCAUUGGUCUCUCUGUCUUCCAAGCUGCUGGCGACCGAGCUGGCUCCCACUGGGGCAUCUCAGCUUGCUCCAUUCUUCUGAUCGUCCUCUUCUCCCAGUACCUGCGCAACCUCACCUUCCUGCUGCCUGUGUACCGCUGGGGCAAAGGCCUUAGUCUCUUCCGCAUCCAGAUCUUCAAGAUGUUUCCCAUUGUCCUGGCCAUCAUGACCGUGUGGCUGCUCUGCUAUGUCCUGACGCUGACAGAUGUGCUGCCCACAGACCCAUCAGCCUAUGGCUACCAGGCACGGACGGACGCCCGUGGGGACAUCAUGGCAAUUGCACCUUGGAUCCGCAUCCCCUACCCAUGUCAGUGGGGACUGCCCACAGUGACUGCAGCUGCUGUCCUGGGCAUGUUCAGUGCUACCCUGGCAGGCAUCAUUGAGUCCAUUGGCGAUUACUAUGCUUGUGCCCGCCUGGCUGGUGCACCACCCCCUCCAGUACAUGCUAUCAACAGGGGCAUCUUCACUGAAGGCAUCUGCUGCAUUAUUGCCGGCCUGUUGGGUACCGGUAACGGCUCCACUUCGUCCAGCCCAAACAUUGGUGUUCUGGGGAUCACCAAGGUGGGCAGUAGGCGUGUGGUGCAGUAUGGCGCAGGCAUCAUGCUGAUCCUGGGCACCAUUGGCAAGUUCACGGCCCUGUUUGCUUCGCUUCCCGACCCCAUUUUGGGGGGCAUGUUCUGUACUCUGUUUGGGAUGAUUACGGCCGUGGGACUGUCCAACCUGCAGUUCGUGGACAUGAACUCCUCUCGGAACCUCUUUGUGUUGGGCUUUUCCAUGUUCUUCGGGCUCACAUUGCCCAAUUACCUGGAGUCCAACCCCGGCGCCAUCAACACAGGCAUCCCCGAAGUGGACCAGAUUCUGACUGUGCUGCUGACCACAGAGAUGUUUGUGGGCGGGUGCCUCGCUUUCAUUCUGGAUAACACAGUGCCAGGGAGCCCAGAGGAACGAGGUCUGAUACAGUGGAAAGCUGGGGCCCAUGCCAACAGUGAGACAUCCGCCAGCCUCAAGAGCUACGACUUCCCUAUUGGCAUGGGCAUGGUUAAAAGGACGGCCUUUUUGAAGUACAUUCCUAUCUGUCCAGUCUUCAAAGGAUUUUCAAAGCCCAAAGCAGAGUUUCCAGUUCCAGAAAACACUCCAACAAAUACAGAAACUGGGUCUGUGUGCACCAAGGUCUAAAAAAUUACUUUCAGGAAAGGUACGGAUGGGCGAGAGUUCUGUGGCUUUUGUGGGAGGGUUGACAAAUUGAGACCCAAAUUACUCGGCUUUCAUCUCGGUGAUCUAUUGAGCAUCCCCAAGAGGAUAUGAACUGGAUCAAGUUUAUAUUGAUUUUGGGUGAGGCUACUUAGCCAUUUUAUAUGAGAAAGAGCAGAAUUCCCCAACUGGUGUGGGCCACAAAGAGGUUACUGGUACACUGAAACAUUGUUCCCUUCAGGGUCCCUUGACAGAAUCUAGGCCAGUUAGAGCUAAUGAGCUAAUAACUCCAGUCACAGGCAGCCUCAUCUUGCACUCCAUGAUGCUGCACAAGCACUGUAUCACGUGGAAGACUGAUGCAGCACAGUCAGAUCUCACUUAAGCCAUCUUUUCAAUGCUGUUGUGUGCCAUCAAGCUGAUUCGGACUCACAGUGAACCUAUGGAAGAGAGCAGAACUGACCGAUAGGGUUUUUCUAGGCGGGAAUCAUGAUGUAAGAUGUCCAGGUCUUUUGUCCCAGAGCUGCUGGUGGGUUUCAACAGUGGAUCUUUCAGUCAGCAGUCAAGCACUGAACCGUUGGGCCGCCCGGGAUUCCUUCCAUUGUGACAACAGGAUGACUACUCUAAUGCCAUGUCAAAGUCCAGUGGGGUAAUUCAUUUGUCCCAAGGGAUUUAAAAUUGAGUAGCUGCUGGUCUGAACUCUCCUGUUGUCUACCUGGAAUACAGAUGCUUGUAUGUAAACAGCAAAGUAUUUUCAAAUGUGCAUGUCCCUGUAAAUAGGAAAAGGUCAAUAAAAAUGACAAGUUUAGUCUUGAGGGGUCAGCUGCUCAUGAGCCAUGUACUGCUCUUUUGGUACAUACAUAUGGCUGUGAAGUAUAACGGAACAUUAAAAUAAAAUUAUCAGUUUACUUUA